AUGGGGAAGUCCACCUUCGCGUUCCCCGUGGACAAGGAUUUCAACCCGAAGCCGCCGAAGCCGAAGCGGCGCUCGGCCGUCCCCUCAGACGACGCGCGAAGGCGGGGAGGCGAGGACGACGACGCGGAGUCGGCACGAGCGCGGGCCGACGACGAAGACGAGGGCUCCGGAAAAGCGCCCCUCCCUCGACCCGAGAUCGUCAACGACGAGACCUGGACGCCGAAGCCGGCGCCGUUCAUCCCGCCCGGGAUCCCGCUCGGGAUCCCCCUCGGCGAGGAGCAUGAGCACCGCGAGCCGCACCCGGACCCGGAGAUCGAGGAGGUGCUGCGACAGCUCAAGCCGUACUCGGAUCCGCUCGCGACGGACCCGUUCUCGCCGGAUUUCUUGUUCGACCUCGACGACGCCAAGCUCGUCGCGGAGUUACAAGCGAACCAGUACGUCAUCGCGAAGAACGUGGAGGCGAAGGCGCUCAGGGAGAAGCUGAAGUGCAUGGAGAAGCAGCACGAGGAGGCGGCGGCGGAGAUGAAGCGGUUGCGCGAGGAGCUGGCGGACGAGCGGACGAGCCACCGGCAGCAGUUCGAACGCAUGCGGCUGAAGCUCGCGACCAGCGUGCAGCUGGAGGAGGUCCAAGCGCGGUACGACGAGUUCAAGGAGUUGGAGGAGGACAUCGAGAAGGCGAACGAGGCGCUGCAAAACGCGGCGGCGCGCGUCGAGGAGGCGGAGUCGGAGGCGGCGAAAGAAAAGAGACGCGCGGAUGAAGAAAAGAGACGCGCAGACGUCGCCGAGAAGAAAGCGGCGAAGGUCGCGGAGGAGAACGCGCGCGGGCGGAAACGAGAGAUCGAGCACGUGAAGAGAAUCGAGAGCAUGGAGGCGGCGCUCAAGGCGGCGACGCCGAAGGAGAUGAUGGAGGAGGUUGUCGGGAGCAUGGAGACCACGGUACGGAACCUCGCGGACGCGUUGCGUCGGACGCAAGAGCAGGCGAACGCGAUGCAAGAGACGAUGCGAGGGCAGAUCGCGGAGCGUUCGCGGCUCGCGGGGGAGCUGGACGACGCCAAGGCGACGAUCGAGACGUUGCGCGCGGAGUUGGAGGAAGCCCGAGCGAGCGCGACCGCGACCGCGAGCGGGGGCGGGGGCGGCGGGGACAGGAGGGAGAAGACCGGCGACGGCGGAGGGCGGUCGGGGUCGGGGUCGGGACCCCGAGGCGAGGGCGGGAAGCCGCCGACGCCGCCGACGCGGGGCGGCGGGACGAUGGGCGCGCGCGUGGGAGGGCCGCGCCCGGUGUCUCAGGCUGCGGCGAAGCGCGCGUUCAAGAGCACGAAGAGCACGGGGCAUCUGUACACGCGUUGACGGGUUUUAUUUACGUCAUACCUAUAGCUAGUCCAGUC